AUGAUGAUACCAAAGAAGGCCUUCGGCCUCGUUGUUUGCCUGCUUCUCGCGACAGGCCUCAUACUUUUCUCGCGGACGGUGGGACACUCGCUCGCCGAGUACUUCUUCGGGCCGUAUGGGCCAGUCAUACCCUACACCACGCAUAUCGUGUUGUUCCAGUUCAAAGACGGCACCAGCAAAUUCGCUGUCAAGGAGGUGAUUGCGCAAUUCUUUGGGCUGAAGAAAACAUGCAUACAUCCAACUACGCUCAGGCCGUACAUUGUUUCGAUCUCCGGAGGGAAGGACAUCUCGACUGAGAAUCUGCAGAACGGCAUCAGCCACGCUUUUGUCCUGCAGUUCCAUUCCAUCGAAGACCGUGAUUACUACGUUAAUGACGAUCCAGUUCACAAGACGUUCAAGGAGGCGGCAGCAUCGGCACUCGAGAAAGCAAUUGUCGUCGACUAUCAGAAUGGGGUCUUCACAAGUGUGUAA